GUAAGCGGUACUUGGUACAGUCCGCCAUGUCAACGAAUACUAAUGAAGUGGGCGGGGACACCGACAGUAUAUUAUAGCGAGAGGCGAAGCAUUUGCGCACUCUGAAUUACUGUUCCUGAAGUGAUUUUCUUGUUGUCGGGACAAAGGAUACCUAUAAGCUCAUCAUGUCUUCUUCAGAUGAAGGAAAGCUUUUUAUUGGAGGUCUGAGCUUCGAUACCGAUGAACAGAACCUGGAGGAGGUGUUCGGCAAGUACGGACAACUGUCUGAGGUGGUGGUUGUGAAGGACCGUGAGACACAAAGGUCUAGGGGUUUUGGGUUUGUUACAUUUGAAAACCCAGAAGACGCAAAGGAUGCCAAGGAAGCAAUGAAUGGAAAGUCUGUUGAUGGAAGACAGAUUCGUGUUGAUCAGGCUGGCAAAUCUUCAGGUGACAGACGUGGAGGUUAUAGAGGAGGAUCAUCUGGAGGACGAGGAUCUUACCGUGGUGGCCGUGGAGGACGUGGUGGUGGGGACAGAGGCUAUGGAAGCAGUCGGUUUGAUAGGAGUGGAGGUUAUGGUGGCAGUGGUGGAUCCAGAGAUUAUGGAGGUGGAAGGAGUCAAGGAGGGUAUGGUGACCGAUCAAGCGGAUCCUACAGAGACAGCUAUGACAGCUAUACUUCACAAGACUAAAACUCCUGACUCAAGAUCAUCCUUCCAGUGGCUGUAUUUAUAAAGAUUUAUGGAGCUUCACAGAACAGUUAAUGUGUUCACCUUUAAUACCAACUUGUUAUGAUGUUCUGACAGCCUCGCUGGUAGUACAUGGAACAGUUGUACUUGUAACAUUAAGACUGUUACAUUGGUUUUAAUGUUAUGGUUUUUCUGUUCUAUUGGGCUGCUCAGAUGGGAGCUCCUUAUUGCAAUUUUAAGUUGGCAAAUACUUUGGUGACAGACUAGUUCUGCAGAUGGAAUUGUUUUAAUGUGUGAGCGCUAUUCUGUAUCAAGAUCUAUGAUGACAUAAAGUUCUGUUCAUAGUGAAGGGGACUGAGACCCUGGAACUUUUUUUAUUGAGCUUAUAACUGAAAUAAUGAAAUCUUUCUGUAUAACAAGGCAGGGUAAAGCAUGGGUGCACUGUAAAUAGCAGCUAGACCUCCUUGAUAUGUCUAAAGAGAAUCUAAUAUUACAAAUUCUUGAAAAUGUUUGUUUAUAUUGUCCUUUUUUUUUUUACUGAAGAAUGCAAGCUUUGUAUUCACUUGGUUAAAUUGUAUUUUUACUUUCAUUUGGCUUCACGAAGCCUAUUAAAAGACCAUCUGAAAAGAAAUGCUGCUCUUGACAUUUACCUUCUACACAACACUGAUUAGGCUGAUGUCGUACAGUUAGGUUGCAUGGCUGCUUUUGCUUUUAAGCUGUAGUGAGUUCUAUUGUGUAGGUUUUUCAAAACUUACAACUGAAAAUAAGUUUUAAUGUUAUAUUCACACAGCAGAUAUACUGCAGAUUUGUUAUGCAGAAUAUCUACUACAGUUCUACGAUACCCUUACAGUUCAAACAUGGCCCACAUUUAUAAUAAUUCAGCGUCCUGGCAUCAUGCUGCCUGCGAUGGUUUUAUGAAACUGAGUUUUUUUUUUAUUUACAUAAGUUUAGGAUAACAUUAAAAAAAAAUCUACAAUGGGAUACUGGGCUACGUCCCAGGUUCUGCUUGUCUUUCGGAUUUAUAUGCUCUUGUUUCUUUCUUUUGUGAAAAACUUAAUAAAAAAUUAGUUUAAAAAAAAUCUACAAUGGGAGAAAUCCUUUUCAGCAGUUUCCCAUGUAAUCUUACCACUUUCUGGCCCACCAUGUGACUAUAACUUGUUGCCUAUGGGUAAAACUGUUUGUCUAUGUGAAAGUAGAGGAUGGAAGUUAGAAACUGAGGUUCUGCAGUGAGGGAGCACUAUAGGAACUACACAAGUGUGGAGACUUUCUCUAGCAGUUGUCAGCAAAUCAUGAUGGGAGUUUGUCUAUUCACACUGGCUUCUGCCUAAUGUUUUGCUUGCUAUGGGGAGAUUUUACACCUUGCAGAGUAAAUGUUGCCCAUAGCAACCAGAUUGUUCCUUUAAUUUUUCUACACUGUGUAAUAACCCUGCAGCAGUCUUUCAAGUGUUUGUUCUUUGGACUACACCUUUUAGGCCCAGAUUUAUUAUACUAUGUGAGAUUAAAAUGGGAGCGAUUUUCCCACAGCAACCAAUCACAGCUCAGCUUUCACAUUACCGAAGCUCGUUAGCUGAGCUAUGAUUGGUUGCUGUGGAAACAUUUAUCCAGUUUUUCUUGCAUAGUUUGAUAAAUCUGUGCCUUAGUACCUGUUAACUUAUGAAAUAGCCUACCCUUUCUUUUUGCUGUGCAUAUCAGUAAACCAUUUAAAACUCAUUGGUAUUUUAAAGUUGGUGUUGGAGGAUCACAGGUCUCCUCCUGGACCACCACAAUCCUUCAGAAAAAGGCUAUAUAGAGCAAUCAUUCAGUGUGCCACAAACAGAGGUGGAAUCCACAUGAAAAUGUAGCUAAAUCUGAUGGUUUAAAUAAUAAAAAAAAAAUUGCCCUAUCAGCCUGUAAUCCUGCAAUCUAAUUUACAUAGCACCUUUUUUUUUAUUUAUUUUUUUACAUUUUAAAGGUUAUUCACAGAAUGUUAUAAACAUCUUAAGAUUUAGAUGCUAAUUACACUAAUCUCAAAAUAGUAAUUCCACAGCGCCUGUCAUACUUGGGGGGGACCUGAUACUGCAUCAGGCCUGUCUGACUUUUUGGCAACUCAUGUCUGUCACACCAUACAUUUUUGUACAGAUACUGAGUAAUGUGUAUUGAGCUACUCAAAUGUCUGACAGAUGGCCCUGCAAGGUGUCUGCUUGAAAUGAGACUAAACUUUGCUUGGUGCUGUGGGUCAUUCAUUCUGGCUUAAAUUAAGCCAGAUUUCUGGGAGAACUGCAGUAGUAGUUUCAUAGGCUAAUUUAAACAAAUGGAUUUCCACCUAUAACAUUAGCUGCAGAUGAGUUCAGACUUUUUUUUUUAGAUAGUGGGAAUGAAAAUGUUAGUACAAUUGUAUUGCCUUCUGAGAAUCUCCUGCUAGAAUACAGACGCUACAGUUUCCUUGGAGAAGUCAAGUGUUGUGCAUCCUGUGAAGCCUGACGAAAUCUGCUCUUGGCUAGUUCAGUUAUGGAAUUAGUCCGGUAUUUUGAGGUAACUCUUUUGCUCAUGUCCACAUCCCUCUUUCUUGAGUUCAUGAUGUGCUUGUGAAAACACUAGCUUUAAUUCACUCUUGUGCUGCUGUGCUACUCUUCAUUGAUAAAACAUGUCUGCAGUGCUUGACAGUUUGGCUACUGCCAAUUACCCAGAAUAUCCUAGCAAGCUUUUUCACUACAUUUAAUUUUUAUUCCCACUACCUCCUUUUUUUUUUUUUUUUUUUUAGUAUGUUACAUUUUGUUUUUCCCCUAUUGU